AUGUCUAUCCCCUCGUGUUACAACCUCCAUGCGCCAUCAGAUAGCGAGUUUAUGCCUAUGUCAGAUGCUCAUGUGCCGCUCCCCGGCGACCCCGAUUUUGUUCCGUUGUCUGAAGAAGACAGGGCUAAGUUGAUUGCGGCUCACCAAAGCGGUGAGACGUCCCCUGAAGUGUGCACACUGUUGGAUGUAUUAUCCAAAUACGAAGAUGAUUUAAUGAGUAGUAUGAUUAACGAAGACGCGCUGGCAGGCCCAGCCGAUGGUCACGUUGAUGGGUCAAACGAUGAUGAAUCACCAGCAAUGCAACAAGGGACUUUGGCCGAUUCACAAUAUGUUCAAAAUCCUCAGACGUCCGGGUCAUUUCCGACAUCAGAGAAUUUCACCGCCCCAGUAGCUGGUCUCCCCCAGUUAUCCCACAUCGAUCAGGGACUCUACUACACUGUGCAGACCUCUGCCAUCCCUCAAGCGCCGCAUGAAUAUGACCACGGAUACUUCACGAACGGGCCUCCCAGUGCAUAUUAUACGCAGCCCUCUGUCGCACCGCAAGGCCCCGCAUGGUCGCAACAUGAGUAUAAUCCUGAAUAUUAUGCCAAUGGACCCCCCGGUGCGUAUUAUUCGCAGUCCUCUGCGGUCAUUGCAGCACCGCCGCAAGGCCACGCAUUGGCCCAACAUGGAUACCAUCCCGCUCCCUCUUACCCUUACCAACAACCUCCCACCAUCGCGGGUCCAUCCAAUGUCGAUCACCCCACCGAGACAUUCCCUCAAGGUCAAUAUGCUCCCUUGCAAACGGAAUCUAGUGAGGACUCAGACAUGGAGCUAGCUUCCUCUGCUCUCGACGGAACGGCCAGGCCUCGCAAGCGUAAAACCCACCUUGCACCAACGACGCGCAAGCGCCGACGCCCGAACAUGACCGACGAUUGCACACCGGGAAAGUUUGGUCCAUACACGCCAGCGGACGCCAGCGCCACGAUCAUGACCAAGCCUAUUCAUGACCCAAAGCCUGUCGACAUCAGUAGCCGCAGGACCCAUGAUCCCAACGGCAAUCCCCUUCGAACGAGGAGAUUUGGGGCGAUGGAACUGGACGAUACCUACCCCGAUGGAUCCGGAAACGUCCCUGACCGACAUUCGCCACAGCUGAUAUGUGUACGCUCAUGCGAUUGGACCGACCAGCCAUGCGGUCUAUUCAUCGAGAUGGACAAGGCCCGGAUCGAACACCACCUGUGGUUUUGGCAUGGGGUUGAGGCGAAGAAACCCACUCCCUGCCAAUUCAAGGAUUGCCCAGACGCAGGAACGAUGAUGUAUCUGAGCCGUCACAUCGGAGGGGUCCACUUCGAUACGUCCUACCAAUGCCCCUAUUGCAAGAAGUUGUGGUCGAGGACCGAUGCUUUGGUUCGGCAUCAAAAGGGGUGCAAACGAUUGCUUGCUAGCAGGGCCCACGCUAAGCAUGGAAAGUACGAAUUUUCUCUGCAAGCGAUGAUCAAGUCGGUUUCUGGGUAUAUCGUUCCUGCUAGGAACGCGACCUAG